UCAUACUUGAAGAUUUAAUUACUAAUCUAAAUUGUAAUCAUUAGUUAAUUUAAUUAAUGGAAUUUUAAGGUUUCUAAAAAUAUUAAUUUAUGAGCUAAAAUCUAACAUUACUCUGUUAACCUCUUAAUUUGUAAAAUAGCUUAAUUUUUUUUCGGUACAAUAAUUUCAAAUUGUAAUUUUAUAGUUAGCAUUUUUCUCUCUUACAAUUUUUAUUAGUAGUACAUUUCAAGAAUGGUUCUUCACUGUUAUAACUAAUAAUAAAUAUAAAUGACAUAUCAAUGUGCAAUAAAAGCUUAACGCAAUGAGUACAGUUGGUAACAAUAAGUCAUCUAUUAUGGCAAGUCACCGUCAAACUGCACACACAUUAAAGAAACUAAUAUUUAAUAAUGAGAGAAUUACUUUCACUUAUUCAUGUUUUAUCAAUAAAUUUAGCUCUAAAAAAUUUAUAAAUAGUCAAUAGAAUAAUUUUUUCCUCAUCUGAAUUAUAUUUAUGCAUUUACUCAUAUAUAUAUAUUUUUUUUUAUUUAGUGAGACUUGCUGUACAGACUUGCUGUCCAAAGCUUGCCAAACACUGAGCUUUGGUGAAGUCAUUGAUGAAGUGAGUUUCCUUCAAAAGUUGGUUGAAGAAUUAAAAGAAAAAGAAGCUCAAAGUGCAUUUAGUGUCCAAAAUAUUAAGAGUGAUGAGCAGUUUAAGGCGAUUACGGGAUUUAAUAGAGAGAAGUUUUACUGCCUCUUUAAUUUUUUAAAUAUGGAAGAUAAUCUACAGAAAAAAGUAAAGUUAAGUGAAGAAGAACAAUUUUUUCUUUUUCUCAUUAAGUUGAGAACUGGGAUCACGAAUGAGUUCUUGUCGAUAUUAUUUAAAAUAUCAGACUCAACAGUAUCGAGAUAUUUUAAUAAUACUGUAAAUGUGGUUUAUAACAAACUUUUGCUACUUGAUAUUUGGCCGAGUAGAUCUCUGAUCCAGGCAAACAUGCCUAGUCAGAUAAGAGUGGAAAAUCGGCAAUGUCGAGUAAUAAUAGAUUGCACCGAAUUUAGAAUUCAGAAGCCCAACAAUCCUGUUGAGCAACAGCUCACUUUUAGUCAUUAUAAGAAUGACAACACACUGAAAGCUAUGAUUGGAAUAACCCCAUCUGGGGCUAUUUCUUUCAUUUCAGAUUUAUACUGCGGCAGCACCUCCGAUAAAGAACUAUUUCUGUUGAGUGGGCUACUUUCAAAGCUGGAGCCAGGAGAUAUGGUCAUGGCUGACAAAGGCUUUCUCAUUGAAAAAGAGUUACGUUCUAAAAAUUGCACUCUAAAAACUCCAACAUUUUUAAAAGAUAGAAUCCAGUUUCCUGUCUUGGAGCGAGAGUGUAAUAACAUGCUCUCAAAUAAUAGAGUCCAUGUUGAACGCGCAAUUGGGCGUAUUAAAUAUUUCAAAUAUUUUGAAGGAGAUUUACCAUACAUGGCAUUACAUAAUGCAAAUGAAGUUUUUUUCAUUGCCAGCAUGCUAGUGAACUUCGGAUGUCCAUUAAUUGAAUGAUUUUUUAAUGUAAUGGAAAUGAAAUAUGAUAAAAAAAAUGAAAAAAAGUUUAAAAAAAAA